AUGCUAUUGAAAUCAUACACAAGUAAUAUACCAGGCCCUGUAUCAUUGCAGCUGAUACCCAGAUUUCUAUCUUUUAAACGUUUUAAGCAUGAGUAUGCCCCCAGAUAUAAGGAUACGGAAAAGAAGAAACAAAAAGGGCGUGUCCCUGUGAGAACAGGUGGAUCAAUCAAGGGUUCAACUCUAGAAUUUGGUCAAUUUGGAAUGAGAUUGAAGACAGAGGGGACAAGGCUCACGGCCCAACAAUUAAAGGAGGCUGACAAUGCCAUUAUGAGAUAUGUAAGACCUUUAAAUAAUGGUCAACUAUGGAGAAGACUUUGCACUAAUGUUGCAGUUUGUGUGAAAGGUAACGAAACAAGAAUGGGGAAAGGUAAAGGUGAUUUUGAUCACUGGAUGGUUAGAGUGCCAACAGGAAAGAUUAUUUUUGAAUUGAAUGGGGAUGACUUACAUGAAAAGGUCGCUAGAGAAGCUUUUAGAAAGGCAGGUGAUAAAUUACCAGGUGUUUAUGAAUUUGUCACCAAACAGUCGUUGGUUAGAGUUGGAUUGAAUAGUUUCAAAGAUUCUAAGUUGGAGCAAGAGAAGAAAGAAAAUUAUUUCUUAAAAUUACAAAAGAAGCCUUCCAAACAGUAUUUAAAUCUUUUAAAAUCCAAGGAACCAGAGUUUAAAUUGUUCAGGGGACGUUAG